GGUGGAAACAGUGCAUAGUCCGUUCUCUUAUUGGUCGGAUCAGAUGUCAAUCUUUGAUGCCAUAGCUUAUCCGACGCCGUGGGAGGCGGAGGGCGGGCAGGAUGAAAAACUGGUCCGCUUACCGAAGGGAACCCGGAAGUGGGGCGCGGCAAGUAAAGGUGCCGGACCCUCUGGCUGUGGUUGAGGUGGGGUCUAGCUGGGCUCGGCCCCCGCCCAGGACCGGACUAAGGCGCCACCACCCAGACGGAGCGGGGGUAUCAGGACCCAGCAGAUCGAGACAGCCGAUGGCUAGGAACGCGCCUGAGGGCACAGGUCCCAUGCACGUGCCUUUUGGGCAUAUUGUGGCCAACACGAAAUGGCGCGGAUCGAAGCUCCUGCAGGGGAUGCAAGGGAAAAUUAAAAUCGUUUUUGAGGAUGGCCUGACACCGGUAGAUUUUUACGUGUCAAGCAGAUCUUGCAUUCUUUAUGUCACCGAAGCUGAUUUGGUGGCAGGAAAUGGCUACAGAAAGAGGCUUGUUCAGGUUAGAAACUCCAGUAAUCUUCAAGGGAUCGUGAUAGUUGAAAAAACGCAGAUGAGUGAACAGUACUUCUCGGCCAUACAGAAGUUUACUGUGCUGGACCUUGGGAUGGUGUUGCUUCCAGUGACCAGCCAGAUGGAAGCGUCCUGCCUUAUUAUCCAGUUAGUUCAAGAACAAACCAAAGAGCCCAGUAAGAACCCUUUCCUCAGUAAGAAACGGACUCUGAUGCCUGAGCUAUCCCUCCUUCGAACUGUGCAGCAGAUCCCAGGAGUUGGAAAAGUUAAAGCCCCUCUUCUGCUUCAGAAGUUCCCAAGUAUCCAGCAACUCAGUAAUGCUUCCAUCAGAGAACUGGAGCCAGUGGUUGGACAGGCAGUGGCACAGCACAUUCAUGCCUUCUUCACACAGCCCAGGUGACGGCUCUUCCCGCAGCCAGGAGCUACAGCAUCUUGUUUUCUUUGCAUAUUUAAAAAUUGAGAACAAAGAAAUCUCCUUUCACUGCAACUAAUGAAAGAUGAGGUGAGGCCUGAAUGGAAGCUGCCAGUUGCCCUGCCCUGUUCUCUGGGUUCAGGCGUUUAAGAGAGUGGAGUUAGUGGGCUCUAGGUAGCCCGGCUCUCAUCCUGCUAGUGAAAGACGGCCCAUUGGGGGGCACCUGGCUGGCUCACGGGUAGAGCAUGCCAAUCCUGAUCUCAGGGUUGUGAGUUCGAGUCCCACGUUGGAUGUAGAGAGUACUUAAAAAUAAAGUCUUUAAAAAAGAGAGAGAGAGAGCCCAUGGGGAUCUUCCUAAAAGAGUUUAAAUUGGGACUCUCAAAUUCAGCAAAAAGCCAGCCUGGGCAGAUUUUAACAUAUGACCUUGACCUUGUCUAGCAUGGAAAAGUCUAAUCAAGUUUCAGAAGGUAGAAGUGACCUUCUAAAGGAAACAAAGCUACAAUGAAGCACUAUGCUGUGUACCAUAAGCCUCUUGUUCCUGGUGACAGGCCCAGUGUUCUUCCAGUCUAGUCUUAAUAUCACUAUGUUUUGAGGGUGCUGCCAGUGUAAACAAACAGUUGUACUGCCUUUUUUUUCCUUCCUUUCCCCUCCCUCCCACCCUCCUUCCCCCUUCCUGGUAGCCACAGUUUGUUUAUAGCCACAGAGCAUGCCUUCUGAACACAGCCUGGAGUUUGGAAGUCCCUUUUAAAGAUAAAAAGCCAGUGUGUAUGAGAGGGGUAAAGAAUGUGUUUGCAAAUGUAUAGCCCAACAGUGGGAAGAUAGGAAAUGGAAAAUGGCAGGGGCAGGUGCAUCCAGAGAGGAGAGCUAGUGGUGGGGAUCAAAAGGUACAAUCAGCCACUCAAAAAAUAAAUGCAAUUAAAGAUGCACAUAUGUUUUCAAAGAUGCUGAGAUAACCUGAAAGCUCCCUAAAUCCGGUUUUGUGGUGUCAGUCAUUAUUAAAAAAAAAAAAAAGACGAACAACAGGAAAGUUUUGUGCGUUAGGGUAGAAACUGUUUGAAAGAGGAGUGAAAUAUAAGUGGGAAAAAAUUUAAAAAACAUUAAUUCAGGCAAAUGAAUAUGUUUAUUUAAAUAUUUAUACAAAAAUGGCCCUAACAGCAGUGGACAGAUACACUUCCCCAAAUGUGGUUGCUUCCCUUUUGAUAUUGCACACUAGAAAAUAUUUAAGUUCUUAUUAAUUCUCAAAAAUAGAUUUCAAUGCUUUUUUUUUUUUUU